AUGGAGGGAGAUUUCGAAGAAAAAUUAUUGCUGGAAAAAAUAGCUUUUGUUUUGAACGAUUUAGUGUCUCAUCAAAAUACUAACAGAGACGAUACUUGUUUCCAAAAGUUCUCUGAUCUUCUACACUCGAGACUGAAAUCAUCCAAGCAUGCUGAACAAUGUGGCAUCAUUCCUUUCUUGACAUCUGCAUUAAAAGAGACAAAUAUUGAAACCUCCUUACUGGUGUUUUCUGUAAACCUUGCUGGUAUCCUUGGACAAAUUCCUGAUCUUGACUCACAACAAAGAGAUUUUGUUGAAACUUUCAUGGACAUGGUUUUAAGAGAACAAGAUUUAAACAAUCCAUCAAUUGGAACUGAGUACUUUGAAACCCUACGGAAAUUGAUAACAUUUAGGACUACGAAUGGGAACUGUGUGUAUAAAUGCAAGAAUGGAAGAGAACUGAUGCUGAAGUGUUGGCAGAUACUUACUGACCGAAGAAGUCUGUUCCUGACAUCAGCUGUCCUUCGGUUCCUCAAGGAUUACUUAGGUCAAGAUGAUCUUCAUGUAGAAGAAAGCAACUUUACAACAAUUUUUCAGAAAGUUGUCAGUCACAUCUGUCAAGUUCAUAUGUGUACAAUCAAUUUUGACCCACUUCAUCUGCCUUCUAUUCUGCCCUCGGUCUUACAGCUGUUUCAAGACAUACCACGUGUGUUGAUUGAGACACUGGAUAGGACUAUCGUAAUGAAAUCAUUGAAAUGUCUGGGAUUCAUAGUAUGCAACAUGAACAAGGAGACAUGCCUCUGUGCUCUGGAAGCAUUGUUAUCAUUACAAAGCAAACUUGAUGUACAUGGGCAAGGAGAAUUUGAGAGUUUAUUGAAGCAGUUGCCACAUGAUUUAGUAGAAAAGGACAUUCUGCGGAGUCAGGAAGUUUGCAUCAAAAUGUUGAAAAAUGGGCUUCAUGAAGAAAUGGUGAAAGAUUUACUUCUGUGUCCACUGUAUGUAAUAACAGGGUGGUCACAUCUCGUUCAAACUUCAGAAUUGCACACCAAUCAGAUCCUUAUACACAUGGAUUCUAAAUCUACAUCCAUCCAAACCAUUUUGAACUCCUUGGAGGUUUACAGAUUAACUGAUGUUCCACAGGAUGUGAUGGAAGCUAUUAUAGAACUGUUUGCCUUGACACAUGAUGGAGGAAGGAGUAAGACUCAUGUGACCUGUCAUCUCUUCCACUCUACAAGAAUCCAACAAAGAUGCUUAGAAUUAUUUGUGACAAAUCAGAGCAGACUGAGUUGUGGGAGGCAACUUUGUGGGUCUGUCCUGGAUGUCAUGAAAACAGAAUCAUUAGACCAUGUGACCUUCAGCAAAUGUUUAGAUGUGCUGUGUGUGUUAACACCAGAGAUGCUGCUUGCUACUGAUUCAAUGUUUAAAGAUGGUGAAGCAUUUGACCAAUGCCUCACCAACACUCUGCAGUUCAGUCUUUGCUGCAUUGAUUGGGAACGAAGAGACACUACUCUUGUGUUCCUGACUAAACUCCUGUCAAGUUGUCAAGAUCGCAGUGAGGUGACUGCAUGGUUGAAGGAUAGCCGUUUGUGUCUGUAUAUAUACCAAACUUUGGAUGACUCCAACAGUUAUGUAAGAGCUACCGCCUUAACCUCUCUACAGAGAGUCCUGGAGUCCAGCAAGCUCACUACAUACCUCCUGCAGCAAUGUGACAUUACCAUGGAUGAUAUCAUCAGGAAGGUCCUGACAGUCCUGCAGGAUGACACAGAAGCAUUUGCUAGAAGAGAGUGCAUUAGUUUUGUAACCAGGAUGUGGAGUUCUGUACAUGGUGAUUUGAAAGUAAACACUUUACAAAUUUUGGUAGAAAGAACAAGUAACGACUUUGACUGGGAGGUUAAAGCGAAAUUAGUGGAUUUCUGGGAGAUGCUGAUAGAGGAAGGUUUGACAGGAUCAGAUGUCCAGUUACCAUCGUAUGUAGAUAGUUUACUACCGAGUGAAAAACACCAAAACUUUGAACAAACUAAAGGAGCAUUUGAAAGCAUUGAAGAACUUGUCAAGACUGGUUGCUUUGAUUCUUUGUUGAAACUUCUUUAUGACUAUGAUCAGAGUGUCUGUGAAAAAGCCUGCACACUUCUCCUAAGAGUAAUGAAGCAUUUGUCUGUACAUUUUGAACAGCACAAUUCUGUGCAGUCAGACUCUGCUAUCCCUGCUAAAAGGAUGAAGACAAGUGACUCAGAAACAAACAUUGAGUCCAUCUAUCACAAGUUGAAAUGUCUAAACUUGACAGCUAGACUAUUAGAGGUCUCCACAACAUGUGAUGAAUAUGAUAAGAAUCCUAUGUCACUUUUAGAAGAUAUGUUGUCAUAUUCCAACAAGGCAGACCAGGAAGAUGAGAACAAUGCUGUAGACUGCUAUUAAUGAAAUAGAUACAACCAUAUUGAUUGUUAUCUACAUGUAUAAGUAACACUGAUUAUGUGGAUUAUAGAACAUUUUUAAAAUACAUUUUAAAUAUUCAUAUUUUCCAAUACAGUAUAUAUAGGAUAGACUUUUCUCUGGUCAGUGUUGUGAAAGGUAGUCACAUAGGAGUGAUUAUUGACUGAUGGUAAAUGUCUGUCUCAUGUGAAGUUUUCUUUUUUUUUUUAAUUCAUAAUUUUUUCAAUUUUUCGAUGAUUCUUCAAAACAUAAAUAUUUCACUCACACCCAUGCCAAUGCCACACUCACACGUGGACGGAGUACCCACACACGCCUUCACACACACCAAUACACAGACACACCACAAUAUUUAAGGGCCUAAUAUCAUUUUCACUCUAGUCACAUUUUAAUAAUCAUCAUCAUUAUAAAUAAUAUAUAUAUAAAUUGUAUGCAACAUAUCAUCAUCAUCAAACAUCAUCUUUCACAAUGCAUUAUCAACAGACAUCAAUCAUCAUCAUAAACAUCAAAUCAUCAUCACCACCAUCAUCAUCACCACCAUCAUCACCACCAUCAUCAUCACCAUCAUCAUCAUCACCAUCAUCAUCAAACAUCAAAUCAUCAUCAUCAUUUCAUUAUCAUUCUCAAUCAUCAUCAUCACAUCAUCAUCAAACAUCAAAUCAUCAUCAUCAUCGUCAAUAAUCCUCCUCCUCCUCCUCCUCAAAUAUCAUCAUCAAUUAUCAUUGUAAUCAUCAAACAUAAACUAGAAAAUUGACAAACUCCGAACCAGCAUAUAGAGGUGGCUAUGAAAUUUGGCCCAGCCUAUACAUGCUAUGGAAUGAGUACCCACACACACACACACCUUCACACUCAUACACACCCUCCCUCACACAUACACACACACGAUCACACAGACAUACAUAUAAAUAUGAUAGAUGGGAAAGGAUGGGGCAGAAGAGAAGGGAGAGAAAAGGCAAUGGAUUAAAGAGGGAGAAAAGAGGAAGAAACAAGAUGGAGGGCUAUAUCAGAUACUGCCUAUUUCUACAUUUAUAGUUAAUUUAUAGGUCAAAAUGAAAAAAAAUUGAAAUGAUAACCGAAAUUGUGGUGAUGUCAACGUCAAUGGAGAAAGCAGCUCAAAAUGUAGUUAAUAAUUCCAUAAUAGGUUUCCAUUUUUUCCAGUUCUCAAAAUUCCUUUUUAUGCGACAAUUUUUAGAAGAAACAAUGUAUUUUUGUACUCGGAAGUGAUCUUUUAUUGUGUUUAUGAGACCAUUUAAACUUAGAGAUUUGGUCUCAUGUGAAAUUUUACUUGUACUGCUAAAAAAGAUGAACCACAUACAAAAGCAACCGAAGUACUAGCAGUUAGUGGAUGAGUUCAACAGCAGGGACAGAGAACUUGAUGUCUGCAUGUGAAGGUCAUAUUGGAGACCCUUAUGACUGCUAAAUGUCAUAGGAGCAGACUGGAAGAAACUGGUAGGGACAGCCAGCAUACAGUUUCUAGCUGGAUAUUUAGGAACAGGGAAGAAAGGUUUUGCAGUCACCAGGCACAGUGCUAGGCACAAAUUGACAGGAAAUAAGUAGACAUCAUGGCCCGUAGCGAUGCAGCAGGAUGUGUAAAUAUGUGUGGCAAGAAAGUCUCCCACCUCAGGCAGUGACAAGUAUGUGCAGCUGUGAGAAUCAAUCAGUCCCUGGUUGUGCCUCAUCAGCCCAGCUCUGGAGGACGUCAUGGAAAGUGCUAAACAUCUUCAUGAUCCUCUUGAUGAUAAUUCCAGUGUAUUCCAGAUGUCACAUAUAAAAGAUAUAUUUAUGAAGGUAACUCAAAAGAGUAAUGAAAUAAGUAAAUGUGCAAUUGUAGACACAUUAUCAAGAUUGACUCUC